GCAAAGUCUGUGACGUGUGGGGUAUGAACUUUUUUGGUGUGUGUGUUUGUGUGUUUUGUGUGUGAAACCUGUGAGGAGAUAAAAGGGGCUGUUCAAAUCUCGUUAAGCAGACACUCCUGGUUGAUCAGACCUCAACGGACAGACAGGCAGAACUGCACAGUGUGAAAAAAAAACCGCCAAGAUGUGUUGCUCCGGCUUUCUCAAAAUUAUGAUGUUCAUCUUCAAUGGUGGCAUCUUUUUGGCUGGUGCAGGAAUCCUGGGUGUAGGAGUGUGGGUGAAGGUGGACAGUGGUUCUCUGCUGGGUUUACUGGAAGACGUGGAUGGAGCUCCGUCUGGUUUAACCCAGCUGGUCAAUGUCGCCUACCUCCUCAUCGCAGUGGGCACUGUGCUGCUGCUGAUCGGCUUCCUGGGCUGCUGUGGAGCUGUCAAGGAGAGCAGGUGUAUGCUGCUGACGUUCUUCAGUAUUGUGCUGAUUCUCUUCCUCAUCGAGGUUGCAGGAGCUGUGGUGCUGUUCGUCUUCGAUGGUUUGGCAGAGGAUCUCCUUGGUCAACUAGAAGAUGAAGUUCAACAAAGCAUCAGAAAGCAGUAUGGAAGCAAUGAAGGCUUCACCUCUCUUUGGAAUGCCACCAUGGAGGAGUUUACAUGCUGCGGAUAUAAAAAUUACACCGAUUUUGAAGGCUCCCCUUUCUUUGUUGACAAUGGAAUGGAUGUUUAUCCACAAACAUGUUGCAACCAAACCAUCACCGCGGGAGUGUGCAACACAUUCAAAGCAGAGAGUUCGAAUAUUGAUGGCUGCUUACAUAAGCUGCUGCAGCUGAUAGAGGAAAAUGCUGUGAUCAUUGCUGCUGUGGUUCUAGGAAUCGCUGCUCUUGAGAUUGCUGCCAUGGUGGUUUCCAUGGUUCUCUACAAGCAGAUUGGCCACAAGGCAUGAUAUUUCCUGUUUGGGAUGAGAUGGCAACAGUGUAAUUGUUUGAGAAAUUUUACUUGUAAGCAGUUUUCUAUGUAUACUGUAACAUUUGUAUUUAAUUGAAAACAGACAGAUUCUCAGGCAGACUUGUAAUGCUCUACAUGCACUAUUCUGAGGUCAAAAGAUCAAGUCAAUGGAUCUCUUCCUACACACAUUUAUACUGUGAUUUAUUUAUGUUUUAAGAAUGGCUGCUUUCAUAUAUGUGCUGAUACAUAUGGCUAGUAGUAUGUGAUGAUGCAUAGGACAGAAAGGAUGCAAAUCAUGUCAGUCCCUCGCAUUCAAGCUGUAUUAUAAUGAAUUUAUUUUUGUAUCUUUGAAAAUUGAAAUAAUAAAAAUGACAAUCUCAUCUUUUUCUUACACAUUGA